AGUCUGUGCAGUGGGUCUGGGGGCCCGGAGGUGGGGGGCAAGGAGAGAGGCCAAGACGUGCAGUGGCCAGAGGCCGGGGCACAGAGCCCGCGUUGGGGCCCGGGCAGCUGCCAGCGAGGACAAGGAGGUGGUCGGCCCUGUGGCGGGUGGCGCUCUCCAGCCCUGCCGGCCCUGGGCUCUGGCCCCUGGGCAGUCCGGGAGUGGCUGAAAUCCAAGCUGGGGUAACGAAAGUCUGCUGCUGUUCCUAAGCCGGCACAGCUCUGAUCCGCCCUCCCACCCGCCCUCUGCUGCCCGCUGGCCAUGUAAGAGCUGCCUGGGCCCGUGACCGCUGGCCAGAGGCAGCAUCCGAGCGGGCAGCAGGUCCAUGACGCCGGCUGGGCCUGGGGGCCACGGGCCGACCCCGUCGAGCCAGGCCUCUGGGGGACCUCGGGGGCCGUGAGCACACAGAGAGAGCUUCCCAGGCCCCUCUUGGGGACCUCAGCCAGGCCCAAAGAUGCCCACCAAUGGCCUACACCAGGUGCUGAAGAUCCAGUUCGGCCUCGUCAAUGAUACUGACCGUUACCUGACGGCUGAGAGCUUCGGCUUCAAGGUCAACGCCUCAGCACCCAGCCUCAAGAGGAAGCAGAUGUGGUUGCUGGAGCCAGACCCGGGCCAGGGCACAGCUGUGCUGUUUCGCAGCAGCCACCUGGGCCGUUACCUGUCAGCCGAGGAGGACGGGCGCGUGGCCUGCGAGGCGGAGCGGCCGGGCCCCGACUGCCGCUUCCUGGUCCUGCCGCAGCCUGAUGGGCGCUGGGCGCUGCAGUCGGAGCCGCACGGCCGCUUCUUCGGCGGCACUGAGGACCAGCUGUCCUGCUUCGCCACAGCCAUCACCCCGGCUGAGCUGUGGACCGUGCACCUGGCCAUCCACCCGCAGGCCCACCUGCUGAGUGUGAGCCGGCGACGCUACGCGCACCUGUGCCCGCAGGAAGACGAGAUCGCGGCGGACAGCAACACACCGUGGGGCGUGGACGCGCUCGUCACGCUCAUCUUCCAGAACCGGCAGUACUGCCUCAAGUCCUGCGACAGCCGCUACCUGCGCAGCGAUGGCCGCCUUGUCUGGGAGCCUGAGGCUCACACCCGCUACACACUCGAGUUCAAGGCGGGCAAGCUGGCCUUCAAGGACUGCGACGGCCGCUACCUGGCGCCCGUGGGACCCACAGGCACACUCAGGGCUGGCCGCAACACACGGCCCGGCAAGGAUGAGCUCUUCGACCUGGAGGAGAGUCACCCGCAGGUGGUGCUGGUGGCCGCCAACCACCGCUACGUGUCUGUGCGGCAAGGGAUCAAUGUCUCAGCCAACCAAGACGAAGAACUGGAUCAUGAAACUUUCCUGAUGCAAAUUGACCGGGAGACAAGGAAGUGCACCUUCUAUUCCAGCACUGGGGGCUACUGGACCCUGGUCACCCACGGGGGGAUCCAGGCCACAGCCACACAAGUUUCUGAGAACACCAUGUUUGAGAUGGAGUGGCGGGGUCGGCGGGUGGCCCUCAAGGCCAGCAAUGGGCGCUAUGUGUGCAUGAAGAAGAAUGGGCAGCUGGCGGCCAUCAGCGAUUUUGUGGGGCCAGCUCGGAGACCCUCUCUUCCAGGGGAGCUCCGUUAAGGCCCCUCAACCCCUUUCUCGCCAUCAGGUGAGGACGAGGAGUUUAUCCUCAAGCUCAUCAACCGGCCCAUCCUCGUGCUGCGGGGCCUGGACGGCUUCGUCUGCCACCGCCGAGGCUCCAACCAGCUGGACACCAACCGCUCCGUCUACGACGUGUUCCACCUGAGCUUCAGCGACGGCGCCUACCAGAUCCGAGGCCGCGGCGGCGGGUUCUGGCACACCGGCAGCCACGGCAGCGUGUGCAGCGACGGCGAGCGCGCCGAGGACUUCCUGUUUGAGUUCCGUGAGCGCGGCCGCCUGGCCAUCCGCGCCCGCAGCGGAAAGUACCUGCGCGGCGGCGCCUCGGGGCUGCUGCGCGCGGACGCAGACGCACCGGCCGGGUUUGCGCUCUGGGAGUACUGAGUGCCGUCCUCCUGUCCCCCAUUAAACCGUGUCU